AUGAAGCCAAAAGCAGCAACACCCACAAGAAAAAUUAUAAAAAGAAGAAUUAUCAGAAAAAAGACGAUAAUUAUUCCAAAACGAAAAGUCGUCAAGAAAGAAAAGAAUAUCAAUACACAAGAAACUCCAAACAACACUUUAGAAAACAAAUCAGAAAUAAUUUUGCAAAAAGUGAUAGAAAACAAUGAAAAAUCAGAUGAUAAUGAGUCAUUAACAAGUCAAUCACCGAAAUUCAAUAAUGUUUCUGAUGAUUCCAGUGAUUCUGAGAAAAUUAGCAUAAAAUCAUCAACUUCAAACCAAGUUCCACCACCAAAACUGCUGACAUCGAGCUUCGAAAGGUUUGUAUUUGUAAGUGAAGAUGAAGAAGAGUCAUCAUCAGAUCCAGGAACGAUUGACAGCAUUGAUAACUCAGCAAUUAUUGAUAAAACAAAAUUACUGAACAAGAAAAUUGUUAAAGAUGAAAUGGAAUCUCAAACUGAUUCAUUGACAAGUCUUAAAACAGAUCAUAACAUUGGAGAAACUAAACAGAAAAAUCCAAAAUUAUCUUUGCAAUAUGAAAAAUCUUUUGAAAUUUUGCAAGAAAGUGAUUCUGUUUCUUCCCAAACAAAAAGAAAGAAAGUUCCACCGCCAAAGCUUGAUAUUUCUUUCAACAUUCCUGUUGACGUUGAAGGACAAACUAAACCUCUUUCUAUUUCAACAGAAACUGCCAAAGUUGAUAUCUCAGAUAAACCGAAAUCAUCAAUUGACACAAGUUUUGAUGAAAAAUUACCAAAAGCAAAUGAUCCUGGUUCUCCUCACUUGGAAAACAGAAAUCCUCAUAUUUGGUCAGAUAAAAGAAGCUUCAACUCUCAAAAGAUCCAAAGGAAAGCUGUAUAUCUUGAUGAUGACAAUAAAUACGAAAAAAGAUUUGAUGAUUUAUCCGCAAAAAUUAAUGAAAUAAAUGAAAAAUUGUCAAAUUUGAAACAAAAAAGUGACAAUGAAAUAACUACAGAAGAAAACAUUAGUUUAUUUAAAACAACUGAUUCAUUGUAUAUGGGAGAAAGUGAUCCAUCUUAUAAUAAUCAACAAUCCAAACCAGAAACAAAACAAAACGAAGAAGAAGAAUGUAUUUACUUUGAAGAUGAAAAUUUGACAUUUGAUCCUCCAUCUGAAAACUAUGAGAAAUACAAUGAUCUUAUUUCGGAUAUAAAGUCAGGAAGGAUCACUGCUGUUCAAGCAUUCAUCAUGAAAGAACAUCCUAAUGUUGUUACAUCAAGAGGAUCAACAAUUCUUCAUGUUGCAAGUCAUUACGACCAAUUGCAAAUUGUUAAUUUAAUUUUAAGAAUGAAUGAAAUUAAUAUUGAUGCAGUAGAUUCCCAUGGAAUGACAGCUCUUGGAAGAGCAUGUGAAAAUGGAACAUUAGAAAUAGUUAAAUUACUUAUUGAUAAUGGAGCAAGAACAGAUAUAAUUGAUGGAAAAGGACACAAAGCAAUUGAUGCGACAAAUAAAAAUAAUUUCACAAUUUUAGCAAGAGAAACUGCAUCAGGAAACUACGAAAAUGUUAAGUACUUGCUUAAACAUGGCGCAACACCAAAUAUAGUAAGUAAUAAAGGAACAGUUGCUAUUGAUGGAGUAAAUGAAAAUGGUGAAACUUUGCUGCAUAUUAAAUCAAGAGAUGGAGACAUAAAAGCCAUUAAAUUCCUUAUUAAAAAUGAUGCAAAUGCAUGCAUAAGAGAUAAAAAUGGACAAUUACCAAUACAUAUUGCAUCUAAGCAUAAAGAUAAAGAACUUAGACAUAAAAUAAUGGAUGAAUUGAGUUAUUCAAUGACAAAAUCUUCAACAGAUUUCAUUGAUUUGAUGUUGAGAGAUAAUAAAUUAUUCAUUAGAAACAAAAGUAAUUAUAUCAAAAAGGCAAUCGAUUUUUGUGCCAAUGAAGUUAUUCCUUUCUUGUUAAAUAAUGGCUGUGAAUGUGAUACAAUUGAUGAAGAUGGUUGUUCUCUUCUUCAUUACGCUGCAAAAGUUCCAAACUUGAAUGAAGAAAAACAAUUUGAAAUGACAAAAGUUAUUGAAAUUCUUGAAGUCAAUGGGAGUCUGUUUUGCUUUGAUAAAAAAGGAAGAACUCCUUUGCAUUAUGCAGCUGCGAAUAAUUACCAAAUCAUUUGUCGUUACUUCAUUGGAAAAGAUACAAGAAGAUUGACAUUGCAAGAUGCAGAAGGAAAUACUCCUUUUGAUUUAGCAACAACAGAACAAAUGAAGAAAUUCAUAACAAAUCUGAAUUCUUCGAUGAAAAAAUCGAAAGAAAUGAAAGAGCAGAAAUUCUUGAAAUUGCAUAGCAACUACUUGACUCCUGAAGAUAUUAUAGAGAUGAUAAAACUUGAUUAUAAUCACGCAUUGAAGCAUUACGUGAAAUCAGGAAAACUUAGCUUGAAAUACAAAACAAAAGAAAAGCCACAUUCGUCUUUAUUACAUAUUUCUGCUAUGUAUGAUUCGAUUAGAUGUUUCUUCUUCUUGAUAUCCCAUAAAGCAGAUAUUAUGCUUGUAGAUGAUGAUAAUCAUACAGCAUUUCAAGUUGCUGCAAUUAAUAAUGCUGUUUCUGUUUUGACGGCUUUUAUUGAUUUAGAUUUCAAACCAGAAGAGAAAAACUCUGAAGAAAUGCUAAGUUUGACGGGAGAAAUGAAUGAGUCUUAUUACGUAUUAGAUAGUUAUAUUGAUUAUACUAACAUUGUUUAUCAGUUUUUCAAAAACUACGAUGUUACAAUUCUUACUCAAAAUUACAAUUUCUUCACGAAAUUGAUAUUUUUCGAUAUGUGUAUUCUCAACCAAAAUGUUGCAGAAAAUAUCAUGGAAUCGAAUAUAUUGAAUAUUAAUGCUGUAAAUACAUUUGGUGAAAAUGCAAUUUACCAUAUAGUUAAAUAUGGAGACGAUUCUCAAAAUGAUCAACACGAAUUAAUAAAGAAACUCGUGAAAUUUGGUUGUAAUCCAAAUGCACAAAGAUUGGAUGGAAAUACCCCACUCCAUGCUGCACUAAUAUCCAAGAACUUGGGUUUCAUUGAAACUUUAAUAAGCUGUGGAGGCGAUGAUACAAUUUCCAAUGAUAAUGGAACUAUUGUUAGAAAUAUGAUUGAAUAA